UCUCAUAUUUCUUCCUUCCCGCAGUAUUUCUGGGCGGGCUUCUUCUGUCUAUUUCUUCCCAUCUUCCCCCUUAUCCUGAGACUGGAUAAUUCUUGCAUAGUCUGGGAGGUAGCAGAGAAACCGAGUUCGAAGCCUCGACCCGAACCUUCAGACGCGAAAUUGGAGCAGGUGGUGUAAUUCCUGGACGCUAAGGACCUCCCUCUUUCCCCCAACCCGCAGCCCAACGACCCUAAAAGUAAAAACCCUGAGUCUCUGAGUCAAGACUGACCUGGCAGGGUGGGGACCGAGUAGGCGAAGUUGGGGAGCCCAGGGGGUCCCCAGGGGAGGAAAUGGGUGAAACGCCUGGGGCCGCGGUCUCCAGAAUUCGCCUGGGUGGGAGGGUGGCGCUAAGGCACCGCCUGCCUAGGGAGCGGCGCCGGGCUCCGAGUGUCGCUGGGGCCAGACGCUUGGGUCCCUACGCGAGGUUCCCUCUUCCCAGGUUUCUUCCCCAGGGAACAGAGCUUGGGCAGGGGCCGCCCCCGCGUCCUACUGGAGCUCUGAGGUGCGGUCAAGCGCGGAGAGCGAACGCGCAGCGCCAGAUUCUGUGGGCGCCGGAGAUCAGGCCCACUGAACCGCAGAUGAGCUUAGGUGGGGCAGGAACAAGGAUGAGGUGGGGAAAGGCGCUGGGUUCCUGGAACCCCAAGGGGACACUGAACUGGGUACAUGUCGCUUGGGAUCCAGGUGUCUUCAUUUUGGGAUGUCUGACAGGUGUCCCCAGGGUAUGGGAAGUGGGACUGGGCACCCCAUUUGCUUUUUUUUUUAGACAAACCAUGUUUCCUAUCUUGGAAAAUGGUGCCACUCACUUAUGCAAGCCUACUCCCGUUCCCUCACUCCUCGUUCAGUCCAAAAGCAAAUCUGUCGUCUUCUAAAUAUAUCUCAGGUUCAUGAGCCUAGCCUCCUCGUCCCUGCUGGUCUUCUGCUGGACCAGUCCGCCAUCUUGUGACCGGACUCGGGAAUAGCGUCCUACUUCCCGGCGGCCUCCACUCUUGCCCCAAAUGCAAUGUGCAGCCAUGGCAAUCCUUUACAAACAGAAAUCAGAUCAAGUUACUCCUCUGCCGAAAUCUCUCUGGUCAGGGGUUUAACUGUCCAGGUGCUCCUGGCAGCACUUUGCCCUCCCCACAUCAUUGCUGGUUGACUUGUCUCCCCUAGUAGACUGUGCUCUGUUAGGGUGGAGAUUUUGUGCACGGUUGUAUCCCAACACCUGAUACAGUGAUUCAAUAAACAUCUGUUCACUUAACAGGAAAGAAAGUUCCCCCUCUCAUUCCCCUAUUGCUGGGCCCCUGCCCUCAAGCAGGAUGUUAUGCACCAAAGUGGCUGUGGGUGAGGACAUUCUGUUCCUCUGGCUGGCCUGGCACUGAUUUCCACCCUGAGCUGGUGUUGCCCCUCUCCUUCCUCUUGGCCAACCACUCUUCCACCAAUAUAAGCCCACACUGGAGGCCAGCAGGCAGUCAUGCCUUUUAUGGCAGGCCCUGCAAGGAGCCAGAGUCUGGGCCCUCUGUGCCUCCACAGCACCCCUCAAGCCCUGUACACGGUCUUCUUAAUAGUGCUCGUCAUGAUGAGUUUGGCAUUUGGUAAGUUUGUUCCUAUCAAUUGGGAACCCCCUCAACCACUUCCAUUCCCCAAAUACCUGCGCUGCUACCGAUGCCUCUUGGAGACCAAGGAGCUAGGGUGCCUUCUGGGAUCUGACAUCUGCCUCACCCCGGCUGGCAGCAGCUGCAUCACGCUCCACAUAAAGAACAUCAGUGGUUCUGACAUCAUGGUGAGUGACUGCCGAAGUAAGGAGCAGAUGAGUGAUUGUUCAAAUACCCGAACUUCUCCGGUUUCUGGCUUCUGGAUAUUCUCUCAGUGCUGCUUCCUGGAUUUCUGCAAUGACCCUCAAAACAGAGGGCACUAUACCUUACAGUGACUGCAACAACCUUUGGCAUAACAUUCCACCAGUUUCCAGCCACCUUCCUGACUUCUGUCUGGGCUUGGCCAGGACUUCUAGUCCUUCAUACCAGCUCUCCUUGCCUCCCUCCAGUCACGGGACCCCAGCCUUGGUCUUCCUCUUGGUUGACGCCCUUCAACACACUUACUCCCACUCUGUACCCCCCCAGUCUUGCCCCCCCAGGUUUCCUCUGUUGUCCCUAGUCCCUGGGUGUUUCUUCAAAAUAAAUUUGUGUGCACACUGUU